AUGGCGCCACCUCUCCCCGAUAAAUACAGGUCGCCAUCGAUCCCACCAUAUGAUGGUCGAGGGGAUCCCGAUGACCAUUUGGAGAUGUACACAGGGCACAUGCUCUUGCACGGCUGGGAUGAGUUGAAGGAAGCAUUUUCCCUCCAGUUCAUAGGGAUUAAAAAAUAUGUCCCCCCAAAGCAGAAUCUGACGACGCUAUACCAGAAGCUAAACGAGUCGUUGAGAGAGUGGCUUGCGAGGUAUGGGGAAGCUAUCGCCGCCACGAUGGACAUAACCGACCGGGAGGCCUUGAUGGGGGCAUUGUCUAGCUACAUAAACGCCGAGGAAGCGGAUGCGAAUGACCCUGAGCACCGGUCCAACAAAAACAAGGGGACCGAACAAGGGCCGACGCCAGUAAAGCAUGAUGGAAAGAAGCGACAAGGUGGAGGAAACGGGAACAAGCAGCCCGCUUCGACGUCGAACACCCCAGAAACCAAGAAGCCGAGGCAAGAGGAGAACCGUAAGCCUCGACCGUUUCAAAGGUAUGAUUCCUACCAUGAAUUAAUAGUAGGAGCCGAGGAAGUGUUCAAUCAGGUCAGCCGCGGGAAUCUAUUGCGCCGCCCAGAGCCAAUGAGGUCAGACCCUAGCCGAAGGAACCAGAAAAAAUACUGCAGGUUCCACGGCGACGUCGGCCACCACACCAACGAUUGCGCCGAUCUUAAAGAUGAGAUCGAGAGAGUAAUCCGCGAUGGGAGGCUCCAGGAGUUCAAAGCCGAGCGGAGACCUAGAAACGAUGGCCACAGCGGCUAG